CCGGGACGGCCAUGCAGCCUGCAGCUUCUGGUCUCCUCCCCUGGCCUGGGGUGCCCUUUCCCAUCAGCCCAGAGCAGACAGAUCCCCACCCCUGGGGCCCUGCUGCCCACCCCUCGCCCCCUCCUAACUCAGGCACCUUGAGCUGCUACUCCAUAGAGGCCUCAAUCCACCAUCCAGAGCCUUCUCUCCUUGCCCCGCCCCCCACCGGGGUAUUUCUGGCUCCCAGAGAGGCAGACAGCUCAGAAACCCGAGCAGAAGCCGUCCCCGGUGCCACGCCUGGAGAGGGGCAUUAAUAGCAGCCUCCCUCAGGCCCCUGACGCGUCUGGGCAGCUGCUCAGCACGUCCCGCGUCCCUCAGCCCCAAGGCCAGCCCACUCUGGCUCAGCCAGGCACACUAAACUUAGUGGCCACUCCCAACUCGACAACCACCGCCACCCCCCAGCUCGGCUGUCACCUGCCCGAGGAGACGCAGCCGCCGGACCCUGCCCAGGGCACCCACGCCUCGGCGACCACCAUGUCCCAGACCAAAACGCUGAAGGUCCGCGUGACCCUCUUCUGCAUCCUGGCAGGCAUUGUGCUGGCCAUGACGGCCGUGGUAACCGACCACUGGGCUGUGCUGAGCCCCCACAUGGAGCACCACAACACCACCUGCGAGGCGGCCCACUUCGGCCUCUGGCGGAUUUGUACCAAGCGCAUCCCCAUGGACGACAGCAAGACCUGCGGGCCCAUCACCCUGCCCGGGGAGAAGAACUGUUCCUACUUCAGGCAUUUUAACCCCGGCGAGAGCUCGGAGAUCUUCGAAUUCACUACUCAGAAGGAGUACAGCAUCUCGGCAGCUGCCAUCGCCAUCUUCAGCCUUGGCUUUGUCAUCCUGGGCAGCCUCUGUGUCCUCCUGUCCUUCGGGAAGAAGAGGGACUACCUGCUGCGGCCCGCGUCCAUGUUCUACGCUUUUGCAGGUCUCUGCAUCCUGGUCUCAGUAGAGGUCAUGCGGCAGUCGGUGAAGCGCAUGAUUGACAGUGAGGACACCGUCUGGAUCGAGUACUAUUACUCCUGGUCCUUCGCCUGCGCCUGUGCUGCCUUUGUCCUCCUCUUCCUCGGUGGUCUCACCCUCCUGCUGUUCUCCCUGCCUCGAAUGCCCCGGAACCCAUGGGAGUCCUGCAUGGAUGCUGAGCCUGAGCACUAGCCCUCCUGUGGCCCUAGCAACCCUCAGGCUUCUUCCCCAGGAAGCCAGGUCUCAGCCCGGAACCUUCCAGAGAGGAGGCGGGAGCAAUUUUAGCUCCACCCUGCUCCCAUCUGCCCCCUGCCACAGUCGCAGGCUGCUUCCUCUCUCCUCUGGGCUGCCACAGGCUCCCCUGGGAAUAGAACAAGAAGAUGUCAGUCUCAAUCUGGCCACAGUUGGGAAAGGCAGGGCCAGCAGGUGGACAGGUGUUUGCAAGGGCCCUACUUCCCCUGGAGCUCAGAAGUGUCCCCACUGUACCAGCCUCUGAUAAGCUGCCUCCAGUUGUCCUUUAUGAACAUUGCAGGGACAACCUGUGUUUGCCAGUUCUUGGUGUUCCGUGUAAAUAGCCAGCCCCUCCCUUUCUCAGUGAUAAAACACACCCUCUCUGGUGAGCGCAGCAUCCCCUCCUCGGCUUCCAGGAGCCCUGGGAAGCAUUUUUAACUGAGUAGAAUCUGUCUGUGGCUUGAAAUAAAAAGCUCUCAGAAAACUCA